AUGAAUGAAAAUGAAUUAAAAUUAAAUAAUUCACCUUUCAGUUUUAAUAAUAACAACACAAAUAAGCCAGCUAGUACUGGUUUCUCUUUUGGAACAUCAACAUCUAAUACUCCAGCGAGUACUGGAUUUUCAUUUGGUACUCCAGCUGCAUCUACUGCGACUGGGUUUGGUGGUUUAAAUUCUACAGCUUCUACCGCCCCAAAUGCCUCUAGUACUCCUGCCUUUGGAGGAUUUGGAGGAUUUGGAACACCUGCUGCAAGUACACCUGCACCUGCUAAUACAGGCUUUGGCGGUUUUGGUGCUAAACCUGCUACUGCUACUCCCACCACUUCUACUGCAACAACAGGUACUGGAUUUGGUGGCUUUGGCUCUACAACUACUCCUUCUACUUCUACCGCUACACCUGCUGCUGGAGGUAGUCUUUUCGGCACUUCAACCACUACACCUGCUAGCAAUAGUGGUUUUGGUGGUUUUGGCACCACAGCAACUCCUGCUACUUCUACACCCGCAACAAGCACUGGAUUUGGUGGAUUUGGCUCUACUAAGCCUGCUACUACAACUGGGUUCAGCGGAUUUGGCUCCUUAACUACCUCAACUCCUACCACCUCAACUGCCUCUACCACUGCAAGUGGAUUUGGUGGAUUUGGUACAACUACUACUACACCUAGCUCUACUACUGCCACAACAGCUGCUACAGGCUUUGGUACACCUGCACCUACAUCAACACCUACUGUUGGUGGAUUUGGUGGUUUCGGUGCCACUACUACAUCUAAGCCAGCCACUACCUUUGGUACUCCUGCAACAUCCACUACUUCUUCUGCAGGUACUACUACAUCUACUCCCGCUUUGAGUGGAUUUGGAGGAUUUGGACAAAAAACAACCACACCUACUACUUCUGGAACAACAACAAGUGCUCUUACAACGCAGCCUACUACUACCACUACCACCGCCACCACUAAUACUACUACUACUAAUACUACUAAACCAGUUAGUGUUCCUACACCAUCUGCAUUAAAAAAUAAAUCAAUGGAAGAUAUUCUUAAUUUAUGGACAAAGGAGCUGGAGAAGCAAACAAAGGACUUUCAUAAACAAGCUGCUCAAGUCGCUCAAUGGGAUCAACAAUUAAUUGAAAAUGGAAACAAGAUCUCAAAAUUAUAUGAAAACGUAUCCAAAGUUGAAAUGACUCAACGUGAUAUUGAUCAAAAUUUAGGUUAUAUCAACACACAACAAGAAGAAUUAAAUGCUAUUCUUGACAAUUAUGAAAAGCAAAUUAAGGAAGUCUUCGAUGAGAGCAACUUACAACAACCUAUGCAACCUGCUGAUGCACAAAGAGAAAAGGCUUAUGGCUUAGCUGAAAGUCUUAACAGUCAGUUAGAUGAUGUUAAUAAGAAUUUAAAUAUUAUGGUUGAAGAAAUUAAUAAGAUGAGCAAUUCCAAGCAAAUUACUAGUGAUGAAGACGAUAUCGUUGGUCAAAUUGUUCAAAUUCUUAACUCUCAUUUAUCUUCUUUACAAUGGAUUGAUACUAAUUCUAUGAAGUUGCAAAACAAAAUUCAAGAAGUUUCAAAAUUACAGGAAGAAAUUUUAAGAAAUCAAGAGCCUUCUUUGCGUGGAUAA